CCCAGUACCCCGGUCCCAUCUUCUCCCUCUCUCUCUUCUCUGUUCCAUUUCAUAUAAGAGAAAGCAAUACCAUACAAAUCCAGAGAGAAUUUGCAGAACAUCUCUGAUUUAGAAUCAGUACCUAUCACUCUCCUCCUCCUCCUUCUUCUUCUUCUUCUUCUUCUUUUUCUUCUCACUGUUCAUAAUCCUCUUACGAGCUUUUUCUAACAAUAACAUGCCUGGGAAUUUAGAGUCCUUGGAUUUGUCUGUACAGAUUCCGUAUCACUUCAGGUGCCCAAUCUCUCUUGAGCUGAUGCGUGACCCUGUCACCUUAUGCACCGGCCAGACCUACGACCGAGCCAGCAUCGAGUCAUGGGUUGCCACCGGCAACACCACCUGUCCCGUCACUCGGGUCCCCCUUACAGAUUUCACCCUCAUACCUAAUCACACCCUGCGCCGCCUCAUCCAAGACUGGUGCGUUGCGAAUCGUUCCUACGGCAUCGAGCGGAUCCCUACUCCGAAGCAACCGGCGGACCCGGCUAUGGUUCGGUCGCUUCUCAACCAGGCCUCAUCUGGGUCUAACCCAGUUCAGUCUCGUCUCACAGCUUUGCGUCGACUCAGAGGACUCGCCCGUGACUCGGACAAGAACAGGUCUGUUAUUUCGUCGUAUAAUGCACGAGAGGUGCUUGUUAAUAUUGUUUUCUCAGAUAUGGAUUCCGAUUCAUCGGAGCUGAACCACGAGGCGCUUGCGUUGUUAGUGAUGUUUCAACUCACGGAGUCUGAAUGCGCGGCAAUCGGGUCGGACCCGGAGCGGGUGAGUUACCUGUCCCGGUUACUUUUCCACGGGUCCGUAGAUGUCCGAGUCAACUCAGCGGCGCUCAUCGAAAUCGUUCUCACCGGGACGAGGUGUUCAGAUCUGCGAGCGCAGAUUAGCAAUGUGGAUGCGAUAUUCGAAGGUGUGAUCGAGAUCUUGAGGAAUCCGAAAUCGAAUCCGCGCGCGCUGAAAGUUGGCAUCAAGGCUUUGUUCGCUCUUUGCUUGGUGAAGCAGACUCGGCACAGGGCUGUUUCCGCCGGAGCGGCGGAGACCCUCAUCGACCGGUUGGCGGAUUUCGACAAGUGCGACGCCGAGCGAGCCUUAGCGACGACGGAGCUUCUCUGCCGUGUGCCGGCGGGCUGCGCGGCGUUCGCGGCGCAUAAUCUGACGGUUCCCCUGCUGGUGAAGACUAUUCUGAAGAUCUCAGGACGCGCGACGGAGUACGCGGCGGGGGCUUUGCUGACGCUUUGCUCGGCGUCGGAACAGAGCCAUAGAGAGGCGGUGAACGCUGGGAUUCUAACGCAGUUGCUGCUUUUGGUGCAGAGCGAAUGUACGGAUAGAGCGAAGAGGAAGGCUCAGUUGUUGCUGAAGCUGCUGUGGGAUUCCGAAGAUUCUAUUGGGAAUUCUGACGAUUUCGCUUGCAGUGAAGUGGCGCCGUUUUGAUGGUGAUUGUUCUUGUUUUUUUUUUUUUUUAGUGUUUAAUUUCUUUUUUUAAUUCUCCUUAAAUUCAAGAAAAUUAAAAUUUUUAUUAGGUAAUUACUUGUGGGUAGUCAAGAAAAUAGAGGGAAAAUUUGGAAUUUAAGGUGGUAGAUUGGUAUAUAGGGAGAGAAUUGUGAUUGUGUAUGUAAUUUUGUAUGUAAGAAUUUUUGUGGAAAGUUGAAGAAAAAGUUUAAAAGCAA